ACCAUUUCUCAUUUUAAGAGUAUUAUAGGUAAUUUGGUACCAUAAAGUCCUUGCAAGGAAUUCUUCCUCCCCACUCCACCUAGACACACCACUUCUCUCUCAAUGGUCAAUAUAUCUGCCAGGCCACCCCCCUAGUCCCCAAUCUCUCCCUAGUGAAAUUGCUUCUAUUUGGAGAGAGAGAGAGAGAGAGAUGGGCAACUACAAGUUCAGGCUAUCAGACAUGAUACCCAAUGCCUGGUUUCACAAGCUGAGAGACAUGGAGAGAGCAAGAAACCACCACCACCAUAAGAACCCUCCUCCCUCCAAACCCAAGAAAAAGCAACCACCCACCACCACAACCCCCACCACCUCCGCCACCACGACCACCACGACCACCACCAAGCACCACCACCACUCUCUUCCAAGAAAGUCUUACCACUUCACCAGAAAUCUCCACCCAAAUCAAAACUUCCAAGACACACCAAGGAACAUACCAUCCAAACCAGACCCAGAACCAGUCCAUGAUCCCUUUGCUCAUGCCAGCCCAGUUCGUGAUGAGGACACCGCCGGUGUCUCCUCGGCGACGGUUCAGCCUCAGCCUCUUCCUAUCCAGGAGAUCCGUCUGGACUGCCUUCUCAUCGCCGAGUCGCCGCCACUCAACAAGACGGCUUCGUGCUCCUCCUCUUGUUCCUCCACCUGCAGCCAUGGAGUCAACUCUAUCUCCGGCAGCGACACUGUCGUUCACGCGGAUCAACAUUCUUUCGACAAGGAACCCAAAAAGCCGCACUCGACGCGGGACUCGCUUUCGCAACUUCAGCUUCCUCCCAUCGCGACCAAGCCCAAGCUCAAGCUCAGAAGCAGCUCAGCGAAGCAACAAGAGAGCAAUCUCUCAGCGAAAGAACAGCACAGGACCGGUCCAAGAAGACGAUCUCCGGCGGCGAGUUAUCCUCAUUCUCCGGGAGUGAAGCUGAAGACCAAGUCCCCGAGACUACUGGCGAAGAUGAAGCUUGAGGGCCACGCGCGGAAGAGCUCGCCGGCCGCGGCGUCACUCAACCUGACACGGUUCGGAAACAGCUUCGCGGUGGUGAAGUCGUCGUCCGACCCGGCGAGAGAUUUCCGAGAGUCGAUGGUGGAGAUGAUCGUGGAGAACAACAUCAAGGGUUCCAAGGAAUUGGAAGAGCUUCUCACUUGCUAUCUCUCGCUGAAUUCAGACGAGUAUCAUCAGGUCAUUGUGGACGUGUUCAAGCAAAUUUGGUUCGAUCUGAGUGAUUUGUCCGGUUUGAAUGAACUGAUAAAUUAUUAGGUUAGUUGGAUCAAACUUUUGACUUCUUAUAUAGGGCCUAACUACUCGAUUCUUUUAUGGACGAAAUCCCGCAAAUUAGCAUUCUGAAGAA